GAGUACGUAUAUUUAGUUUGGCACACCAGCAGUAUGAACGCAAACAUUAUUUGAAUUCGUAUCUUAUCAUGUGAAUAAAAAUGGAAAUUCAAGUACCAUUAAAAUGUAUGUUUAAUGCUCUGUAUUAUUAGAAAAUAGAGUUCAAUAAUUGACAUAACGAUAAUCGCUGGUGCGCAUUACACCAACGAAAAUACCGCGAAACCAGUCUAUUUUAUUCCAAUAGUUGUAUUGUUGGGGAAGAUGGCGAAAGUGCUAUUAUUGCUGAUAGCAGGAAUCAUAGCUCUGUUGGGAUUCAGGAUCAAUUCUUUUCUGAAGCCCCCACCAUUACCUCCACCGCUAGAAAAUACUUGGUGGGGACCUGGGAAACCAAAUUCAGGUCAAGCAGUUGUGAAACCAUUCACCAUAAACAUUUCUGAUCAGGUGCUCAAAGACCUGCAAUGGCGCCUGGAAAAUCACCGUCCUUUCACUCCACCUCUGGAAGGCAUUCAACAGCAAUACGGCAUGAACACCAAUCUCCUCAAGAAAAUAGUUGACUUCUGGAAGAACGAAUACGAUUGGAGGAAACGAGAAAAAUUCCUGAAUCAAUUUCCCCAGUUCACGAUCAACAUCCAAGGCUUGGAUCUCCACUAUAUUCAUGUGAAGCCUAAGAAAUCAGAAGGGUUGAAAGUAUUGCCUUUAUUGCUGAUACACGGUUGGCCUGGAUCCGUGAGGGAGUUUUACGACAUCUUGCCAAUACUGACAACACCUCAGAAAGGAAGAGACUUCGUUUUUGAAGUUAUCGCUCCACAUAUACCAGGAUAUGGUUUUUCUAAAGCUGCUGUGAGACCAGGUCUAGGUGCUGCUCAGAUCUCUCUAGUGUUCAAAAAUAUGAUGCAGGCUAUAGGUUUCCAGCGAUUCUAUGCUCAAGGAGGAGAUUUCGGGUCUAUAAUUCUUCAACACAUGUCGGUUCUCUACCCGGAAGUAGUAUUAGGCUUCCAUUCUAAUAUGUGUGUUGUUAACACGCCACAAGCAUAUCUCAAGUAUUUUCUGAAUAGUUUCUUGCCAUCGUUACCUUGGUGGUACGUGAAACCUGACCACUAUGAUAGAGUUUAUCCAAUGGGAGAGCAUUUCAUGUUGCGUUUGAGAGAAACUGGGUAUUUGCAUCUACAGGCCACGAAGCCUGAUACUUUAGGUGUGGGUAUCAAUGAUUCUCCUGUGGGCUUGGCAGCUUAUAUUCUGGAAAAAUUCACUACUGGCACCAAUAAAGCCUGGAUGGAGGAGGAAGAUGGAGGACUUACGAAAGUUUUCACUUACACCGACCUGCUGGAUAAUAUCAUGCUCUACUGGGUGACCAACUCUGCCACCACAUCUUUCAGACUUUAUUCCGAAACAUUCAGUAAGGCGCAUAUGGACUUGGGAAUCACCAGGAGACCUGUAACUGUUCCAACAGCAUGCAUACGAUUUUCGAAUGAUUUCUACGCUGCUGAUGGUGCCUUGAGAGAAACCUAUCCGAAUUUGGUUCAUCUGACCGAUGAGGAAGGAGGCCAUUUUGCUGCUAUGCAACUACCACGAGUUUUGGCAGAUGAUGUCUUUGAGUCCGUAGAGAUUUUCCAAAAUAUUCAUAAGAAAAAUAGCUGAUAAUAUAUUAU